AUGAUGGCUACUCCCGCACAACCGAUUAACUAUGGAGUCACUGAACCAAUAAGCCUUGCACUCCCAUCGUCAUUGGACGUGAAGCUGUCUGAGGAGUUGGAGGCCACUCUGCGCAGCUAUAAGUUGUUUGAGUCACCAGAAGAGAGCCGCAAGCGAGAGGAGAUCCUAGGCAAGCUGGACCAGAUAGUCAAGAAAUGGGUCAUCGAAGUCAGCUUGAAGAGAGGAUUCACUGAACAGAUGGCAUCAGAGGUAGUUGCAAAGAUAUUCACGUUUGGAUCAUAUAGACUUGGUGUCCACAAUCCAGGCAGUGAUAUCGAUACGCUCUGCAUCGCUCCAAAGCACAUUAUGCGAUCAGACUUCUUUGAGAUACUUGGUGAGGCGCUCAAAGUUCAUCCAGAGAUCACUGAGCUCACUUCCGUACCAGACGCAUUCGUACCAGUUAUCAAGAUGAUAUUCUCAGGCAUACCUAUCGAUUUCAUCUUUGCUCGACUCUCACUGUCUGCCAUCCCUGAGGAGUUGAAUGAUCUUAUCGAUGAGAACUACUUGAAGAAUGUAGACGACAAGAGUAUUGUCAGUCUAAACGGUUGUCGUGUCACCGACAAGAUCUUGACACUGGUGCCAAACAUCCCCAACUUCCGCAUGGCUCUCAGGUUUAUGAAGUUAUGGGCAAUCAGGAGAGGCAUCUAUGGCAAUGUGUUUGGAUUCCUCGGUGGUGUAUCAUGGGCUUUGUUGACCGCGAGGAUAUGUCAACUGUAUCCAAACGCUGCGCCAAGUACCAUCAUUCACAGAUUCUUCAAGAUCUAUGAGAACUGGAAGUGGCCAACCGCUGUAUUGUUGUGUCCAAUCCAGGAUGGUGGUCUGUUUGCCUCCAAGGUUUGGAACCAAAAGAGAGACAAGAGUCACUUGAUGCCCAUCUUGACACCGGCAUAUCCUUCGAUGAACUCAACGUACAAUGUGUCAAGGUCAACACUUAGCUUGUUAAAAAGCGAGUUUGUCAGAGGCGCAGAGGUGACCAAGCGACUGGAGCUACACGAGGCCACCUGGAACGAGUUGUUGCAGAAGGCCGACUUCUUCACACGAUACAGAUACUACAUUCAGAUUGAUUGUUCAGCUCACAACGCAGAGGAGCACAGGAAAUGGGAGGGAUGGAUUGAGUCGAAGCUUAGAUUGCUGGUAUCGAACCUGGAACAAACGCCCAACAUGAAGUUUGCGAUACCCUAUCCAAAGAAUUUCGAGAAUAAAGCCGCUGCUGCUAGCCAGCCGACUGCACCGGCUGGUGGCGGCAUUGGAGGUGGAGGAGCGACAGCAGCGACAGGCGACGGAGCGACGGCGACAGGGGGCGGAAGCGUAUGCACAAGCUUUUUUAUGGGUUUGACGUUCAAUUUCUCGACGGCGCCAAACGCUGACAAGAGCGUUGAUUUGACGCGAGCCGUCACUGACUUCACAGCACUCAUCAAGGAGUGGGCUGGCAAGACCCCCAACAUGGACAUGUCGGUGCACUACAUCAAGAAGAAGCAGCUGCCCAUCUUUGUCAAGGACGAGGGCCCCGAGGAGCCCGUCAAGCAGAAGAAGCGAAGCAUCACAGGUGACAACUCCAGAACCAAGAAGGCUCGUACUGACUCACCCGGCACCUCCACUGCAAAGAAUGCUGCGACAACAGGUCCCACUGCUGCUAAACCAAGCGCAUCAACCACCUCAACAACCUCUACCUCGACCUCAUCAACUGGCACUUCUCCAACACAACAACCAAAGUCUAGUGAUCCAUCUUCCAAUUCACCUGGCUCUCCCAAGCAACCGAUUGUCAACAUCACAAGUGAUGCUAACAACACCAACGCGACGACCACUGGCAAUCAACCUGUAAAUAGUACACCAACAACGGAUGUCAACUCUACUACUACUACGACUCUGGCAGCGGCCACAUCAUCAUCAUUGACAUCGAGCAGUGAAGAGAAUCCAACUACUACCACAACAACAACAACAACAACCACUACUACUACUACAGCAACAGAGAUUCAAGAAAAGUCAGUCAGCAUCAACGCCAACAUUGAUGUCACCGAGUUGGACUUUAUCUCAUCGUCCGCCUCAGACUCACGUCCAUCAUCAAAGAAGACAAUCAAUCUCAUUCGUGGAUAG